AUGCAAAACAACUACCUAACCAGCGCUUUCCCAGCUCAUUCGCUUCUCAAACUGUGGAUCGACGAAGACAAGAAGAGCUCUGGAGACGAGGGACAGAAGACGCGGCAGCUUAUCUUCAUUAGCAGUGCAGCUGCCCUCUGCAAUGUUCCUGGUUAUAUUGCUUAUGCAGAAGCCGCCAUCUACUCUACUGCAACCUGCCAGUACAAGGUGCACUGCGCUUUCCCGAAUACGUUUAUGACGGAUGCGUUUCUGGACGAGCAGAAGACCAAGCCAGAUCUCACCAAGCGUAUCGAGUCGUCUGAUGGCCCUAUUGAGAAGCUUAAGACGAAGAUGCUUUCGGCUGAGUAUGUUGCAGAGUACAUCGUCAGAGGGGUGGCUAAGGGAGAUUUUGCUCUCGUCAGUGACUUCGACACGGAGGUGCUGUGGAGCAACAUGGUUGGCUCAUCACCCAAGAGGGGCUUUGGCUUCGUCGACUCUAUCCUUGGGCUGCUUUCGGGGUUCUUGGUCUGGCCGAUUUUGAGAUACAUCUGGACGCGCAUGUGCACCCAAGCUCAGAAGAAGAGUGUGUGA